CACAUUUUCAUACACAAUGCGUCAUUACGUUAUGUAGAAGCGAAACGUCGGGCCACAGUAGUAUCUAUCUGUUUAUCGAAAAAAAUGGCGUUAAACAAAUUAAGUUCAACAUUGUUAAAUAAUUCCUUAGUUUUUAAAGAAUUAAAAAAUGUUGCUAGUGUUUUCUCCGUACGGAAUUUUUUUAAUUAUUACCCAACCACGAGUACUCCAGCUGAAGGACCAACAAAGAAAUUAAAUAUGGUGCAGGCUAUCAAUAACGCUUUGGAUAUUACUCUUCAAACCGACGAAACGGCUUUACUGUUUGGAGAAGAUGUGGCAUUUGGCGGUGUAUUUAGGUGUUCGCUUGACCUACAAAAGAAGUACGGAUCAGAAAGGGUUUUUAAUACGCCGUUGUGCGAACAGGGCAUAGUGGGGUUUGGUAUUGGUGUAGCCACGGCUGGAUCAACCGCAAUUGCCGAAAUACAAUUCGCCGAUUACAUUUACCCAGCGUUUGAUCAGAUAGUAAAUGAAGCUGCUAAAUUUAGAUAUCGUAGUGGAAGCCAAUUUGAUUGCGGAAAGUUGACAAUCAGAACACCAUGUGGAGCAGUCGGUCAUGGUGGUCUUUACCAUUCCCAGAGUCCCGAAAGUUACUUUGCGCAUACACCUGGUUUAAAAGUUGUUGUUCCCAGGGGCGCUACACAAGCAAAAGGAUUGCUACUGUCUUGCAUUAGGGACCCCGAUCCAUGUAUUGUUUUGGAACCAAAAGUAUUAUACCGUGCUGCAGUGGACGAAGUGCCCAUAGACGAGUAUCUUACACCAAUAGGAAAAGCUGAAGUUUUAAAAGAUGGUGACGCGGUUACACUUAUAGGUUGGGGUACACAAGUUCACGUUCUGAUGGAAGUGGCAGAAUUAGCGAAAACCAAGUUCAAUGUCGACUGUGAAGUCAUAGACCUUGUAUCUAUUUUACCCUGGGACAAGGAUGCAGUCUGCAAGUCGGUGAGGAAGACCGGUCGAGCUUUAAUCGCGCAUGAAGCACCUCUGACAGGAGGUUUUGGAGCUGAAUUAGCAUCCACUAUUCAAGAAGAAUGUUUUCUACAGCUAGAAGCUCCCGUAGCGAGAGUCACGGGUUUCGACACACCAUUUCCUUAUAUAUUUGAACCCUUCUAUUUACCAGAUAAAUGGAGAUGUCUUCAGGCCAUCCGGAAUUUACUCGAUUAUUAAAAUCUUUUUUUUUUAAGAAUCAAGUCAUAAAUAUUGCAAUAAUUCCUAUCUAAAUGUUGAUCCAAUUUUUUAACUAGGUACGUCUUUUUUGUUUCAUACUUUUGUGAUGAAAAGUAAUAAAAACAGGUAGCUACCUUUUGCUUUA